AAACAGAGAAAAAAACGCCUCGAUACACUAAAAACUCAAAAAACAUUCCCCCACAGCAUACAAACACCAAGUCCUUUACAUAAAAAACAAACAUAUAAACUUGGACAGACGAGGCGCAGCGCCAUAGAGUCGGUCCAGCGGUCGGCGUGCAAACGACAGGCAGCUGGUCCCAAAAGUGCAAGAUCAGCAUCAGCCUCAGCCCUCCAUCAAAACCGGCACCUAUGCCUGCUCAUUCUCCGAUUCGCCACCUUCCUCCGCUAUGGCUCUCAAGACGCUUUUCCUGCUCGCCAUUGGCGCCUCCAGCGCGCUGGCCCAGAGCGACGACAGCGGCAGCCUCACCAUGGCCGUGGGCACGAACGGCACGACCGUUCAGGCCUCGAGCGGCACCACCGAGUUCAUGGGAACCGAGUACAAUCCGGACAAGUGCGUGUUGCAGUUUUUGAGUCUCGAGUGCGACGACAACUGCGCCGAACUCAACGGCUACGAGCUCGAGUGCGUGUCGCAGGGCAAGCAGAAUGGCAAGGAGAAGAAAUUGUGCCAGUGCAAGUCGGAAGACCAAAACUCGUGCCAAAACUCGGCCAACCCGAACGCCACGUCAGGCACGGUGGCCCAGUUUGGCGAGUGUAGCGACCAAAAUCAGUGCGUGGACUCGUAUGGCUACAUUGCCACGUCUAAGGAAGAAGGCCCCAUCUGUGCCGAGAAGCUCCACUGCGUCCAGGAGAUCAACACGACGGCGACGGAGCCUGCCUCCAUCUGCCACACGUGCAUGUCGUGCAUCGCCCAGAACGACGCGGCUGACAAGCAGCUGGCCGGUGUGAAGCGCUUCAACUGCUCGUCCAUUUGCCCCCAGGAGAUCCUCGACACUGUUGCCGAGCGCAACGCCGCCGGCGUGGGCAUUGCCGACUCGUACUCGCUCACGGCCUCGUCUGCUGGUUCGGACGAGUCGAACUCAAGCACCUCGUCGUCCUCAGCCAGCGGCAGUGCUGCAGGUUCCAGCAGCGCCGCGUCGAUCCCCCAGACCAACCUUGCUGCCAUCCUCUCGGCCAUCAUUGGCGUGGCCCUCUUGGGUGCUAUGAACUAGGUUGACAGAGAUGAAAAAUUACCAUCACCCUGGUAUUAAUGUUAUCAACCAACGCUUUUCGUUACUAAAAA